GGCAUCCCCAACUCCGCUUCCAUUUCAUUCUCUUCUCCAUCCCACCGAAGCCUAUUCCUUCUGUUAACUGCCCCUCUCUCUCUCUCUCUCUCUCUUCCUUUGUAUUGGUUGUGGCAUCUGCCUCCGCCGAUGACGGCUCCCAACAUCGAGACGAUCGCCGCGUCGCUGAGGAGCUGCUCGCUGGGAGGAAGCGGAGGAGGGGCCCAGUCGCCGCCGCACCUCUCCGAGGCGAGCGACGAGAGCACCGGAGGGAUCACGGUGGACCUCAACUCCGAGCCCGUCCUCCCGUACCAGUGGGAGCAGUGCCUCGACAUGCGGACGGGAGAAAUCUACUACAUCAACUGGGAGACGGGCGUCCGGACCACCGAGGACCCUCGCGCCACCGCCGCUGCCGCCUCAGCUUACUCCUCCGGCUACUACUACUCCGACGAAGAUGGAACCUCCGAUGAGUACAGCUGCUCCAACGUCGGCAGCGGAGACGACUACGAGGUCGAGGACGAGGAUGAGGACGAGAUCGACACCGCCGACUCCUCCACCCUGUCCUCCGCAUCCCCACCCCAGGCCUCCUCCUUACCCGUUGAGGAAUCCAGCCGCGGCGGCGGCCAUAUCCUCGUCGCCGCUGGUUGCAAGUGCUGCUUCAUGUAUUUCAUGGUCCCCAAGCGGACCGACGCCUGCCCCAAGUGCGGCGGCGGCCUCCUCCACCUCGGCCGCAACGGCUGCGUCUGAAACUUCGACCUUGUUCUUGGAUGUUGGAGCAAUCCAGUGAGAAGAAGACCGAAGUUUUAUCACCUACUCCGAUUCCUUGCCCCUUCUCUUCUUGUCUUCCAAGCCAAUAGUUAGAUGUGAAUCACAGUGACAUCUCUCCAAAAGAUCUUGAAAUUGUCGACACUUCUCUCUAGCUAAUGCUUUGCAUCUUUGGAUGUUCAUCAUACACUUGAACUGUUUUCUUUGCGAUC